AUGCAUUAUUUUAUCCACCAGGACACAAAAUACGAGCCCGUGCGCCCGUCUUUCGAUACAGACGUCAUUCGACUGUACGGCCUGCGUCCCAUCGCGCAGUCGCUCGCCAGGGUCAACCCGGACGGCUCUAAGGGCGUCAAGCUCCGCAAGUCGUACAAAAACCACAUCGCCGACCUGCCGGGCAAGCACGCCAUCCCUACCGAGCGAACGCUCUCGCCGAUCGUUUUCCGGCCAGAAAACCCGGACUUGGGCGACUUCCAGCUCAAGCAGUACCCAUUGGAGCAGCUGAAGUCGCUGUUUUCGUUCGAAAAAAGCUCGGUCAAUGGCGUGCCCGGUUUCGACUCCAGCAAGCUCGCCAUCGACAGUUUCGAUUCGUCGGCCAAGAAAGAGCGCAAGAGAAAGGGCACACCCACGACGCCAAGCGAGCCCGAUCAGAAAAUACGCCACGUCCAGGUGCAUUUCAGCUAG